AUGUCUUGGUCGUUCCAACUGCAGAAGAUCAACCAGUCUUUCGAGAGGAUUGCUGGAUGGUACCAUGACUUCUUGGAGAGGACAGAGGAUGCCUUCCAAGCACUGAGCCUUCGUAUCUUACGCUUGGAGGAGCGACAGGUCAUUGGGCCUAGCGACGAACAAGUUGAACGUGUGCUCCGCAAGAUUCUGGCUGAACGGUUUGCACACGAUGAGUUCCACCGAACCGACUCAAUACAAAUGAUCAAAGACAACGACUUCUCUCUUGAGGAUGCCAAAAGUCGUUCGACAAUCAGACCAAUCCGUAUCGACGCAGCGUCUUUGUGCGUCGAGCCUGAGUCGGUACCAUCUAAAGCCUACGCAGAAACGUUCCAGAUGCUCGAAGGUCGUCUCACCGAGUUCCCCUGCAUAUCUGGUGAGGAGCCAGCUGAAGACAUGGGUGGGAGGAUCAAGGUCGAGUACGAACGGUCAAUACUCUAA